AUGCUCUCCGCUAACAGAGCUGCUGAGCCUCCGUUCCAGCUCGAUCAGCCCGACAGCACGGCAGCCAUCCACGAGCUGCUCACAGAUGCGCAUGCGGAAGCGCUCGUGGGUUUGCUCGAAGAACCCGUCGAUGCCAGGCUCAAAAUCUACGCAUACUUCCUUGGCAGCGACGAGGAGCGCACUGAUGCUCUCCUUGCCUCUACCGCGCAGAUUCCUGAGGCGCUCUACCCAAUCUGCCUCGUGCUGAGGUAUCUCAUUCUCAAGGAGCAUAGCCGUCUCGGCGAGUCCAGCCGUCGCUUCAAUUGGUCGCUCAAGCAGAUCCACGCCGCCGUUGCAUCUGCUUAUCACGCCCACACCGUCCACAGCGCUCUUGCAGCCGACCCACAGAUGACAACGCUGCCAUCUCAUCUUGCCUACCCCGACGCUCUCAGCGUAGAGCCCACAACGCGCGACAUCCACCUCCAGUCCAGCGUCCAGCUCACGCUGCUGGCCGCUUGGCAGCUCGCUCAAUCGAUGCUUCUCUGCCCCGCCCCUUUCAGCACGCCACCAAGCGCACUCGUCCUUGGCUCGCUCUUUCACACUGUCGCGCAGACACCAGAUCCCGCCACGCGAGAAGGCAUCGCCGCGGCCUCCAGCCCGAUCGAAAAUGCAAUGCUCGAUUGGAUCUUGCACGACACUGAGCAGCUUCUCGCCAUCGACGUCGAGGCACUGCGCAAGGCGAAACGAGAACGCAAGAAAGAAGAAAAGAAGCAACAGGUAGCAAUUGCAGAGGCCGAAAAGAAGAAGGCUGCUGCCGCCGCCAAGCAGACCACCGCACGUUCGGGCUUCAGUCUGCUCUCGCUCGACAACGACGAACAAGUGGACGACGACGACAGCGACGAGGAAUAG